UGUUGGUGGUACUGCACUAAACUCAUCAAAAACGUGACUUACACCACGUGACUUGCAGAAUUUAAUGUGGAGAGUAAUCGGAAAGUAUUAACUUUGAAUAUGAGUGUCGUAAAACCACAAUAUAACUAAAUGGUAAAGAUUUAGCCUUAUUUUGGAAUGUAAACAUCUCUAACACGUGCUUUUGGUGGCUGAAAUGGAUAAGUGUUACGCAAUACAAGAUUGACGGAGAUAAAGCCUAACGAUCAAUUAAAACCGCACAUGCACAACUCUUUGAAAGGCGAUUGGAAAGACGUUUUAAAUCAGGAAGCAUUUCAUUGCCGCUGGUUCCAAGCUGCUGCUUUUCUCACUGACAUAAGUAAUGUUUUUAAGCGAAAAUCAAAACAGGUACUAACAUCUUAAGAUGCCUGGGAACACGUAAGUGUAAGCAGAGAAACUGUAAAGCUGUCAACAUGAGAAGGACGCCUUUACUUACUUUUUAUUUGAAAAGGACAUAACGACGUGCAGAGUGUGUCAUACUUUAACAAAACUAGGAUGAAUUUAACGUUUUCUGAUGCACAAAAAGUACUGAAUUUUUAGGAUUUUAGGAUUAUGGGUCGAUGCAGUUGGAUAAUUCCAGUGACCUUUGUUUUAUUUCUGGUUCGCUGCCGAUGCCUUGAAGAGUUGUUGGAAUCAUCACUGCCAUUCCCUCUCCUCAGUGACACGCAGCACGUGUCGAACAGCACAACGAGCUCAACAGAAACGCUAUCUCCAUACAGAACACCAUACAAAGCAUCAAUAUCACCAACACUCAGCUUAACACCAGAAAUUCUAUAUGACAAAGUAACAACCACUUCAAGUUCUACCCCUCAUAUAUUAGAAUCAGCUCCGAAAGAAUGGACAAAGUAUACACUCUCACAAUACAAGGAAUUAAUAUCACCCACAUUAAGCAUAACCUCUACGUAUGGCAAGCAUUCAAUCGAUUUCAAUUCCAUUCUUCACCAACUGGACUCCACUCUUGGAAUAUCGACAGUGUACACACCUCAACAUUAUAAAGAGCAAAUGGCAUUUACUACAAGUAAAAUAUCAGAAAGUAUGGAUAAAAUACGGACAGUCACUUUGAAAUUUAUCUCCGACAGAAUUGUGGACACUACUCUGAGUCUAUGGUCAACGGAUUUACAGACACAGUAUAAAGAAUCAACAAUUCCUACAAUCAGUAAAACCUCAGACAUUACUGAACAAGCCAUCAGAGAGUUAAUCCCUCAAAAAUCGAUAACAACUCAAACGCUUCAAACAACCGAUCAACUUUCACAAUAUAUGGAUUUAAAAUCAAAUACAUUCAUUGCAACAACGAAAAGUAUAUAUGCAGAAGAUAUGGUGACGUUAAAUUCCACUGGUCAGAAUCGGACAAUGUCACCUGAUAAAUCUUCAUCAAGAUAUCUCACCUCCAAAUUUAAACAAAGUAAAUCAGACACAGAGACUAAAAUUACAGCAGAGGCAUGGAUGAUAACUACACACAACGUCUCAGCGCAACCCAUCACAACUGAAUCAUCAAAUUUACCGAUUCUUACUUCAUCAAUUAUCAGAGAAGACAUGUCGAAGAAAGAUCAGGGUCUGGAGUUGUCAUUGUCGACUCGUAAUUACUCCAAAAUCUCACCAGUUUAUGAUACAAUAUCUGAAAACACCAAGACAGCAGUAUCAAGCUCACUCUUUUUAAUGUCGAAAAAUAACGCAUCUUUACCACCAUCAAUACAGUCAUUAAUUCAAACGAGUCCGUCAUUAUCAAAAGAAAAGAUUCACCAUGAGAUCCAGACAGUGAAAUUGCUUUCCGGGUUUUCUUUGGAUUUCGAUAGUUCACAUGAGACGCUCAUGCCUAUAACAAUAUCAUCAUUAUACAACUUACUUUCUCCGUCCAAAACACAAAUGAAGGAAAAAGAAUUUUCUCCUGAAGUUACAGGACAUGCGCAAUCCAUAUUAAUGCCCAGUUUUUCCUACAACUUACGAAGCAAAGCUCAUUAUGAAGCCCAAGAAAAAAUAGAUGACCCCAAAACUUUGAUAAACAAAAUAAUGACGACACACAAAGAUGAAAAGGUUAUUCUAACGUCAUCAAAUACCUUACUCAACCAAUUUAAUUUAGACACCCCGAAGGUUUCUUACGCGCAUGUCAUCGAAACUUCUUUUGACAUAAAAUCAAAAUUCCUGCCUGAUGUUACUUCUUCUCCUGAAACAAAGGCAUCAUACUCUGGAUUGAUGAAGAAGGAAAAAGUUGUGGAAUUUAAAGAACAGGACAAUUCAAACUUUUCAGCCGUGUCCUCCGAAUAUGUGGAAUCAGAAGAAACGGUAUCUUCCAGACCUUCAAGUGAACCUUUUAUUCUAAAAAGAAAUAACAAUGUAUUUACGCUAACUAGAACAAACUUUACCGAAAAUAAUGAAAGUAUUAAAAUAUCCUCAGUAGAAAAUAAAUCAUCUAAUACCAAUCAGAAUGAUAUUAAUACUAUCCAAGAAAAAAGAUCAUCCUCUGAAAUUUUCAAAACAGAUCUUCCAUACCACACCUAUGUAGAUGAUUUCGGCAAAGAAAGUCCUUCACAAUUUUAUCGAUCUUCUACUACCCCGUAUUUCACACUACAGCAGAUAUUUUCUAUCAUCGAAAGUUCAACUAAAUAUGGAUCUUAUUCUUUCUCAUUUCAACCUAUCGAAGAAAAUUUCAAUAUAACUAGUACUCCUUCUUAUGAUGGAUUAAAGCCUGAUAGCCAAAAACUUUCAGAAAGAAAAGAAACUCAAGCGAGGAAUGAAAAACAGUCAGAGAACAAAAUAAUGUCUACCAAAAUAAUCAGUAAUUCUGAUUAUACACAUGCAACACAUGAAUUAAGUGGCAGUGAGACGGAGUACAUUGAUGUGCAAUACUUCAUUUCAUUACCUUCCUUGCUAUUCAUUGAUUCAGACCACCAAUCAGGGUCCACUUUUAAUUCAGAUACCUUUAAUGAAAAUUUUAAUGAAGAAAAAUCCACCCUUUCCUUUGAUUUACAUACAACUAAAGCACUGGAAAUGAUGUCCUCAAAUCAAUUGUUAAAUGACUCAAAACCUAUAUCUAGUAGCAACGAUCAGGAAUCAACGAAGUCAAUUGUUGCUUCAUCUGAACCCAAAUUUGAGGUAUUUCAUUCAUUGAGGACUGACACAGUGGAAAAUUACAAAAAGGUGUCCUCAAAUCAACUGUUAAAUGACUCAAAAUCCCUAGCUACUAUCAAUGAGCAGGAAUCAACAGAGUCAAUUGUUGCAUCGUCUGAACCCACUUUUGAGAUAUUUCACUCAGUAAGUAAUAAAAUAAUCUCACAGGAAAUUGCGUCUAAACUAGAACAAGAAAGUGUAAAUUCACAACAGGAGACAUCGUAUUCAAGUUCACUUCUGUCUCAGCAACCUACUUCACAACCAGAACUGCAAUCCUCUUUUACCUUGGUACAAGAUGGUUCGAGGUUCUGGACCACCAAUACGGAACCUUUGUUGACAGUAAGUGAUAAAAUAGAUGGAGCUUUGUUAACCUCAUCACUUUAUACAAGAGAGAAAGCCCUCGAUGCCUCAAGUAAACAAACUAAAAAUCAGAUAAGAUCUUUUUUCUCACACGCUUUCUCAUCACUAAAUAAUCAAACACACACGAUGAGUUCAGCUCAGAGUGAAAUGCAUACAGCUUGGUUCGAAAAUAAUGUCAGCUUAAAUAAAUUCAACACAUCUCAGCAUAAAUCUUGGAACAAUGAUAAGGAAAAUCAAUCAAAAAGCGAGUACUUUACAUUUUUGUCUCACCAAAAUUUAAGUAUUUCCAAUCUUGCCACUUCAUCACAGUUCCGUUUUGGAGAUGUUAUGACGUCUUUAAUCCAUCCAACUCCAUCUCCAGGAUACGAUUCACAUACUACCCAGCCAUCCAUACUUUCCAAAUUGAGCUUCAAUAAUGCGGUGGUACAGGUGGAGACAAGUGAUGAAUCCAACAAUAAAAACCUGACUUAUAAAAUACCAACACCUAGUUCUGACUAUGUAUCUGCUGAAUCCCACACAAUCGUGAUGCCCAGUGACAUGAAAACUUUAGCUUCUGAUAAUGAGAGGAAAAAUUUUGUGCAAACAAGCGAGUCUUCGGACACAUUAUAUUCUACAAUGGAGAACCAAUAUGAAAAUUCUUUUUUGUCGUCGAUGUAUUAUACAGAAAUAAUGUCAACUCCGGCAAUUUUGUCAAAGAUUUCAAAUGUGGACAUUUUUGACAUUUCCUUAUCAACAACAGAAAGUGUGCAAAUACUAAAUAAACUAGAUUCUUCGUACAGCUCACCUGUGUUGAAUGAUUUGCAAUCGACAUUAACUGAUCAUUGGAAUGUUUUCCAAAUUCCCAAAUCACACAUACCAAAGGAAAUUGUAUCAAAGCAAACUCCUCAAGACACUAGCACUAGUGAUGCAUCUAUAGGAAGAUUUGAUUUUCGUUCUUCAUCUCGAUCGUCCAUAAUUAGGCUGGAAACGACCACCUCAAAUUCUGCAAUGCUUUCAAAUGUGUUCCAGACAUCGACAGAUGUGCAUUAUUCGACAAAGAAUUUACAAAAUAUGACUGGGGCAAAUCCAUCUACGACGGAAGAAAAUUUAAUUAACAUUGAACCAUCUACAACACUGAAAAAUUCUGUUAUGGAUUCUGAAAUGAAUCGCCACACCUCGUUAGGUUUUUUUAUUCCUAAUUCUUCCAUUCUAUCGUUAUUCAUUCCUAGAUUAUCUACUUCCAUGGGAGAACACCUCUAUGCGUCUACCGCUUCAAGACAAUCAAUUCACGACUCUAAGAACAUUGUAACAUCAACUAUUGACGUUGAUAAACAUAUAUCAGAAAGAAACAGUCUUGUUCGAUCUCAAUUUACAUCUGUGUCGGUAUCAUAUAUUAUCAAUACCUCCAUUACAGAGUCUUCCCAGAGCUUCACUAAGACGAAUGUUUCAUUGCUUGAUACAACUUAUGAGAAUAGUAUUUUGUCGAAUAAAGUUGAUCCUUCGUCGUUCCAAAAUACAUCGGAGUUUUCAUUUCCGAUAGAUGCGUCUGAUGUCAGUGGCGUGAAGUUUUUUACAACUUCAUCAAACUACGAUCUUGCAAUCCCUCAAACAAUUUUGUCAUCUCUGUUAAGUUCAUUAGAUUUCGAAACAACUUUUACACCAGACCAUGUUUAUUCCUCUUUGACCUUGUCGAGAACACAUACGUUUAAUGUGGAAACAACAUUGACUUCCUUGGACAGAUUGUCUUCAAGAACUGAGAAAAUGUCAGCUACUGUUUUGCCAGUUUCAAGCAUUAUAGGACAGGAACAGAAAUCUUUUACGUCUAGUUGGUAUAAUUAUUCAACACCAAGCAGUGUACAGGUGCAGCAAGGAGGAGGGAUAAGUCACUUUGACAUCAUACCAAUAAGCGUCUCUGCAAUUUUGUCUGGAAGUAUUAAAGAAUUUGACACAACUAGAAGCGCGUUCACUGUAGAAAUGCAUAGUCCCACAGUAAAAAUUUAUACCAUUCCCACAUCUGAACAGACUGAAACUGAAAAACAUGAGAUUGAGAGUAAUCUCCGCUUUUCAAAAGAACAAGAGAUAUUUUCGAGUACUUCUUUAGAGAUUAAACCAUCUUCGCCAGUGUUUGAUACAUCUUCUAGCUCUAUACUGGUAUUUCUGUUCCCAGAGACAAACCUUUUGGUCGUAGAAAUCAACGUUAAACCAGAAAUAGACGUAUCUAAGGACGACUUUAAAUCCAGCCUAGAAGAAGACCUCACUGCCGUUUAUAUAGAAGGCUUGCAUGGUCGCAGAAAGAGAAACUCAAUUAAUGACUCUACAGGUCGAGUACAAGAUACGGGAAUAACAGUGAAGAUCAGAGAAAUCAAUAGAAAGUUUGAAGAACGAGUAGAAAUAAUAUUUCUUGUUAUGUAUAACGGAAUUGUCGUCCAUGCAUCGUUAGCAGAAUUGACAUUUCAGAAAGUAUCAGACGUCGAAAUGAGUGCCAUUUUGGGUUAUCCGGUUAUGGUUUCUGUUUCCCGUUGGAACUCUAGAUCAACAUCACCCUCUAGCCCUGGUGGAUGGGGAGAUAUCUUUCAACCUCUAGUGAUAGUACUUAUCACACUGCCAACUUCCAUUGUUCUGAUUGCAACAAUCAUUGCAAUCGUCAAACAAUGUCGCUCUAAAUCUAUACAUAAGCAUCCAUCAAUUCCGAGUCAGAUGGAUUCCUUGUAUAAACAUAACCUAGUUGUGGAUGUGGAGAAUGGUGACGUCAGGAACCGACGGAUUUCGUAUGAAUAUCCCUCCGAUGACGAAUUCAGUAUGGCGUCCUCCGACGUAUUCAACGAAAUUAAAAGCAAAUAUUCCCAGUCAAUGCAUUCCAAAAUAAAAAAUUUCGAGAAGCAUAAUGUUAAAAAUCACUUCCACAAUCAAGUGGAGAGAAAAGCAAGUGACGCUUUAACAAAUAAAGUGAAAUUCAGUAUAAGUGCGGAAGAUAGUAAAUCCACAUGUGUUAAGACAGACAGCAAUGAGUCUAACGAUAGUGGAGUUAGCAGUGAUGGACAGAAAUCACCGGGUGAAGGGCCAGAGAUCCCUAGAAUGUCUGAGAGUGUGUCUCAUAUAACAAAUGCAAAUGUGCCACAAAGUGUAAAACAGCAAAACAAUUUGCAAAUUCCUCCAAGAAAUAUACAUUUGCAAAACCCAUAUCCUGUAAAAAAGAAAACAAAUAUUAAAAAUUUGAACAGUGAACGUGUGACUUCGUGGGUGUUCAUGGGUGAUAACCCAGAUGUUGCCAACAAUCAUGUACAUCAUAGAAUUUCAGAGGGUUGCAGAACUAAUGAUAAAAUAUUGGAAAGUGACACUGUGGCACAAGUUAGUCAUAAUUUCAAUCACAUUCCAUCUAUGUGUGAUUUUGAAUGCCAAACUUCAGACCAAGACUCAAACCUUGGUAUUCAGGAUCAUAUCUAUGAAACUCUUAACCGAAAUGAUUCAGUGAAAGAAAAGAAAACAGAGCAAUCUUCCAUGACCCAAACCGAAUCAGGAAGUAAUGGAUCAGACGGGUUUGAAUAUUUGGAGCCUCUCAGACAACUUCUUAUGGCUGUAGAACAGCAAAGACGACGUAAUCCUCCAGUCAGCCAAUUCCUCCAAGAGGGCAACGUCUUACAAAGGUGUAUUCAUGGAUUUUGUAAUAUGGGGCACUGUCAUACUAAUUGUUCUCCAGUCGGUGUACCGUCACGAUAUGGAGAUGUACGUGUAGAAGAUACAGGAGAGUGUGCAGAGGAAUGUAACUGUGAAACACAAACUGUAAGUCACGAAAAGCUCAGUACUCCUAUCUCAGUCAAACAGGCACAGGAAACUCGAGCUAGUACUGAACCUGUGUGCAAUGAGAGACAACUCGUCACGGAACAAUUAAAACAAAGCAAAGAUCAGUUAUCCCGACCCAAUGUCCUUAGUAACACAAAAGAGGCUUGUAUUUAUGAUCAACCGGAAUUUUCCUUAGUUGGUUUCGCAAACUCUGCUGAAAUUUAGACAAUUCUGAAAAGUUAAGGUGUAAUUCUGUUAUACCUUCCUCGUCUUUCACUUUCUCAAUUUGCGAUGCUAGCAAUAUUCUGAAACAUUCUCAAGUUGUGUAAUGAAAGAGUUGUUAUUAUAUUAUGUUAUACCAAAAUAAAUUAUUUUAUUUCAUCUUA